CCGGGAUAGACUUUGGUGGGCGGGUCAAAGGUCACAGGAACCCGGAACAUCAACAAAGCAAACAAAGGCGGAUCCGGUGCUCCGGUCCCACAGCCUCCGGUCCCAGACCACCGACAUGUCCGCCGCGCGGGUGCCCAGAGGCGGCCUGCUGGGGCCGGCCGUCCUCCUGCUGCUCCUCCGCCUCUGCUGCUCCCUGUCGGUGCCCCGCAUCGCCUCCUACUUCGGAACCAAGACCCGGUACGAGGAGGCGAACCCGGCCCGGUCCGCCCACGGCUCCGUCCUCAGACCGCCGGCCGGAGAGCGCUGCUCCCCGGUGCACCUGACCGCAGUCAUCCGCCACGGCAGCCGCUACCCCACCGCCAAGAACAUCCGCAGGAUCCACAGACUGACGGAGCUGGUCCGGAGGGAGGCCGGAGGAGCAGCUGCCCGGCUGCAAGAGCUGCACAGCCGCUGGGAGAUGUGGUACACCGAGGAUAUGGACGGCCAGCUGGUGGAGAAGGGGCGGGACGACCUCCGUCAGCUGGCGAGGCGUUUGUCCGUCCUGUUUCCGUCUCUGCUGUCGGAGGAAAAUCUGAGGACGGGGAGGCUGAGUGUGAAGAGCAGCUCCAAGCACCGCUGUGUGAGCAGCGCAGAAGCCUUCCAGGAGGGGCUUCUGCAGGGCGGGGCCGGCACCCAGGCCUUCCAGGAGGGGCUUCGGCAGGCUCGGGGUGGGGCCGGCGCCGAGGCGGAGUACAUCCAUGAGGUCGACGACGAGCUGAUGCGCUUCUUUGAGCGUUGCCGUGGUUACGUGGAGGGCGUGGAAAACAACCGCACGGCGCUGAUGGAGGUGGAGAAGUUCAAACACGGCGAGGAGAUGGAGGGCGUGAGGAGGAGGGUGGCGGAGAGGCUGGGCCUGCCCCCCCAGCGCCUCACACCAGAUCUACUGGAGGCAGCGUUCUUCUUGUGUUCCUACGAACUGUCAAUCAAAUCUGUUCACUCCCCCUGGUGUUUCCUGUUUGAUGAGGAUGAUGCUAAGGUGCUGGAGUACCAGUCGGACCUGAAGCAGUACUGGAAGCGUUCUCAUGGUCAUGUGAUCACCGGUCUGUCCAGCUGUCCUCUGUUCCACCACGUCUUCAGGACGCUGGACAAAGCAGGACGCCCUCGCAGGUCCACCGAUGCCUUACCUGAACCCGCCUCCAUCCUGAUUGGCCACGCUGAGACGCUCCUCCCCCUGCUGUCCCUGCUCGGCCUCUACAAGGACAAGACUCCGCCCACUGCCGCCAACUACAACUCCCAGCACGGUCGUAGUUUCCGCACCAGCCGGAUCGUCCCGUACGCCGCCAACCUGCUCUUGGUCCUGUACGACUGUCAGCGCGGCCCGCGGCUGCAGAUGCUCAUCAACGAGUCGCCGGUUCGAUUCCCGGGGCUGAAGGAGGACGCGCCGCUGUACCGCGAAGUCCGGGCCACGUACCGCCACCUGCUGGACGGAUGCGACUUCUACCGCGAGUGCGAGGGACGGCCGAGCCGCGGACCCAACACCGAGCUGUGACGGUCCGACGGGUCAGCGAGCCCCCGGUGCCGACCGACAGGACCCGCAGCCCGACUGGAGCGGACGCACGAGGGCGCUGCGCACGUCCACCAGGAUUUAGAAUCAGCUGUGAUCCAGGGUCGAAUCUAUGACGUGGGUUCAAAGAAUCAGAUUCAGUUUGUUUAAAGGUCCGGGUUCAUUUGAGUCCAGAUUCAGGAUCAGAUCAGAACUCUGGGACUGGACUCAGACAGGAGGGUUCCAUCAGAGUUUCAGAAUGGUUCUGUCCAGGAGUCCAGUUCAUCUGUGGUUCUGGAGGGACCGGACCGGACCCAAAACCAGCCUGUUCUGGACGUUCAGCCUGGUCGUUCACAAACACAUUCAGAAGAAAGUGGCAGAAACUCGCCUAUAAAAACCAAACUGAGUUUGGGAAGCAAAAAUGAAUUAUUACCAGAAAAAUCAGACCAGUGUCCCUGUAUCUUAGCGUCCAAAUUCAAAGCUUAGGUAAAUGUAUCCGGCCGGAUCCAUUUCUUCUGCCCCAGUUCUGUGUAUUUAUUCUAUUACAGAAAUAGUCCAUG